GCCUGACCUGGGGCAGGGGAGCUUUGAAUAACCUAGUGUGGGGGCAUUACAAGUGGCGAUUCCAGGAAUCUGUAGUGGGAUCUGGCUUCCAGGGGUUGAGGAAGAACCAGCCAGGAUUCUGCAUUUUUCAUCAGCCUCACAGGCGGUCUGAGUGCCUUUCUUGAAAAUGUUGGCUGUUCUCCUUGGCAGUCUUACUUUUGACCCAGAGAAACUCACUGAGACGGGUUGCAGCAGAAAAGGCACAGGUGCAUACGGCGUAUUAAUCCAAGGAACACAACAUCUGGCCGACAACAAAUUAAGCCGACGAGUUUAUCUCUCUUGUUUCCCAAGACUGCCAAAGACGUAUGGGGCUACAGGCCGUGGCUGGUGACCCUGGGGCCUGGAUCGGUGAGACCAGACCACGCUUGCCCUGGUCACCUUUAAAUGGCUGCUUGAGCUGAGCCCCUGCAUCUGCUUUUUAAGGCAGAGAAGAGGGGGGCAGGCAGGGUGCCAUUCACAUCUGUCUUUCUCGAUUUCCCACAAGCUCUCGGCAUCGGUUAGCAGUCACAUUUGGCUACGUGCGAUAGAAAUGGAAAUAACAGUGGCUUCAGCUAGAUAGAAGCUCAUACCUCUCCAGCUGAAAAGUCCAGAAGACGGCGGGUCCCUUCCAUCUUUGCUCUGCCAUCCCCAGCACACGGAAAUGCAUCCUCACGGCUGCCUUGUGGUCCAAAGAGGCUGCUGGAGCGCCAGCCUUUUUGGCGGUUUUUGCUCACUUUAUACGUGUGCUGCAGGUUGGCCAAGGAGCUCUGUUCGUCACGAUUACUCGGGGAGGCGUGCUGCUAGAGUGGCUGUCUUAGAAGCCACCGUUCCUUGUGGCAGAGGGAAAGAGUUCUUCCCCGGCAUUUCAGCAGUCCAUCCUGGAGACAUCCCAGCCCCUUGGUCAGGACUAGCUGCAUGGCUCCAGCCAGCCAGUAGAGUUCAGCAAACAGUGAUCCUGCCGUGUGCCCAAGGAGUAGAGAGCUGCAAACAUUCGCAGGCAGCAGCGCUGACUCUCGCUGUCAUGUAAACGUCGAAACAUCAAAUUCAUCCCACAAGACACGCAGGGCAGGGAUGGCUUUGCCAGGGCUGGUUCAGCAGCCUUGUGGAUGGGUGUCUCUGACUCCCUUCUGGCCCUGGUUGCCUGCCACAGCUGCAGACACCACGUUCUCCAUCAACGGCACCCAAAGGCUGUUCUAAACGGGGUGUUCAUCCCUGAUGUGAGUGGGGGUGACGCCUGCACCUCUGAGGAGGAACCGACCUUUGACCCCGGCUACGAACCCGACUGGGCUGUCAUCAGCACUGUGCGGCCACAGCCCCGCCACUCAGAGCCCACUAGAGGUGCAGAGCCCAGCUCUCCCCGGGGCUCCUGGGCCUUCUCGGUGAGUCUGGGGGAGCUCAAGUCCAUCCGCCGGUCUAAGCCAGGUCUCAGCUGGGCCUACCUGGUCCUGGUGACCCAGGCCGGAGGCUCCUUGCCCGCACUGCACUUUCACCGCGGGGGUACACGCGCCCUCCUCCGUGUCCUCAGCCGCUACCUGCUGUUGGCCAGCUCCCCGCAGGACUCCCGCCUCUACCUUGUCUUCCCCCACGACUCCUCAGCCCUCUCCAGCUCCUUCCACCACCUCCAGCUCUUUGACCAGGACAGCUCCAAUGUGGUGUCCCGCUUCCUCCAGGACCCCUACUCCACCACCUUCGGCGGCUUCUCCCGUGUGACCAACUUCUUCCGGGGAGCCCUGCAGCCACACCCAGAGGGGGCCUCCCCCGACCUUCCUCCACCGCCUGAUGACGAGCCCGAGCCUGGGUUCGAGGUCAUCUCCUGUGUGGAGCUGGGCCCACGGCCAGCUGUGGAGCGGGCACCUCCGGUCACAGAGGAGGAGUGGGCCCACCAUGUGGGCCCCGAGGGCCGCCUUCAGCAAGUCCCCAUGCUGAAGGCCCGGAUCUUCUCGGGGGGUCUGAGCCCUGGCCUGAGACGCGAAGCUUGGAAGUUCCUCCUGGGGUACCUCAGCUGGGAGGGCUCAGCCGAAGAGCACAAGGCCCACGUGCGCAAGAAAACGGAUGAGUAUUUCCGAAUGAAGCUGCAGUGGAAAUCUGUGAGCCCCGAGCAGGAGCGGAGGAACUCACUGCUGCACGGUUACCGCAGCCUCAUCGAGAGAGACGUGAGCCGUACCGACAGGACCAACAAGUUCUAUGAGGGUCCUGAGAACCCAGGGCUGGGCCUGCUGAACGACAUCCUCCUCACCUACUGCAUGUACCACUUCGACCUCGGCUACGUCCAGGGCAUGAGUGACCUCCUCUCCCCGAUCCUCUACGUCAUCCAGAACGAGGUGGAUGCCUUCUGGUGUUUCUGUGGCUUCAUGGAGCUCGUGCACGGGAACUUCGAGGAGAGUCAGGAGACCAUGAAGCGGCAGCUCGGGCAGCUCCUGCUGCUCCUGAGGGUGCUGGACCCGUCGCUCUGCGAUUUCCUGGACUCCCAGGACUCUGGCUCUCUCUGCUUCUGCUUCCGGUGGCUGCUUAUCUGGUUCAAGAGAGAAUUCCCCUUCCCGGACGUCCUUCGGCUGUGGGAGGUGCUGUGGACGGGGCUCCCUGGCCCCAAUCUGCACCUUUUGGUGGCCUGUGCCAUUCUGGACAUGGAACGGGACACCCUCAUGCUUUCUGGCUUUGGCUCCAAUGAGAUCCUCAAGCACAUCAACGAGCUGACCAUGAAGCUGAGCGUGGAGGACGUGUUGACGCGGGCAGAGGCCCUCUACCGGCAGCUGACCGCCUGCCCGGAGCUGCCCCACAACGUGCAGGAGGUCUUGGGUCUGAUGCCACCCACAGAGCCCCACAGCCCCUCGCCCCCUGCCUCCCCACUGCCUCUGUCGCCCACCCGGGCCCCACCGGCCCCACCGCCCCCCGAGGACACAGCCCCGCAGCCGGACAGCAGCCUGGAGAUCCUGCCGGAGGAGGAGGAAGAGGAGGGGGAGGAAGAGGAAAGCGUGAAGUCUUAACCCUCCCGGCCGGCCUGCCCGGCACAAGCACUUUAUCCAGAUCGCAGAGGCUGGGGAGGAAGUGUGCGAAGAGGGCGGGCCUCCCCACCGUACCUCCCGAGGCUCCUAAUGAGCCCAUCUCAUUAAACUGACACUUCCCGUGUCCAGCUGGCCUCGUGUAGGUGAAGGAGGCGGCUAUCUUGGCGUGGACCUGGAUGGGGAGGGGGUGGUGGCCUUGCCGCUCUGCUGACGCCUGAUCACGUGGUCCCGACCCAGCCAAUGAGACAUCAGAGGAGGCCUUUGGGGGGCUCGUGGAGGUAGGGCUACUGUUAUCCGCCUGGAUUUGGGGCUUUUGGAGGAAUGAGGAGGAAGUGCUGGGGUAUGGCCGCCACCGGUAGCUUUGCGGGGACACGUCCGGGACAUAACCGAGAUGGAAGGGCCUGCAGAGCUGUUGAGACACUCUAGGGACUCUGCCCACCAGCUUCUUGUUACAUGAAAACAAUAAACUCGUGUUUAACCCAC